AUGUCUGUGGUGGUGCAGGUGGCUGGCGUCAACGACAGGCCGCUCCUGGAUAUCUACCAGGACAGGCAGGCGAUACCGGAGGACCCUGGGGAGCCCGUCCUGCUGAGCCCGCUGUUCGUCACCGACGCCGACGCCGGGAGCAGCCCGCUGGAGCUCACCUUCGACCUGGCGGAGGGCCACGACGACAACCGGCUCCACAUGUGCGGCCUCUUCCAGGUCGACCUCCGGGAGCCUCUGGAGCACACGCUCGACGAGGGCGGCUGCCUCCCAGGGGGCGCCUCCCGGCUGCGCUUCCGGGCCACGCUGGAGGCCUUCAACAGCAUGCAGGCCGGGGCGGGGCGCCUCCGCUUCCUGCCCGCGCCCGACUGGCACGGCGCCGCGCUGGUGAACAUCACGGUGGACGACCUGGGCAGCGGCCUGGGCGAGGCCGCGAGGCAGACCGCGUCCCGGGCCCUGCACCUCGCCGUGGAGCCGGCGGUGGACCCGCCGAGGGUGCGCUUCCUGUGCGAGGGCGCCGCCCCGCUGGUCUCCUACGGCUCCGCCUGCCUGGAGGUGCGAGGCUGCCUCGAGCUGUCGGCUGGCGCAGAUGACCUCGACGAGGACACCUCCAUGUGGCUGUCCGUUUCGAUCAGCGAGCCCAGCGCGGCUCUGUCCUUGGAGGAUGCCGCGCCAGUGCGGGUGUGGAACGAGGGCACCGCCUCGUUGCGAGUGCUCGGACUGUACCGGAACGUUCGGGACUCUCUUGGCGCAUUGGUCAUCCGCCCACCACCUGGAAUAUUUUCUGGCAAGGAAGACCCCGAAGUGCUCUCGUACGAGAUUUCCGUUGCCGUCGUUGCCCUGGGGCAGCUGUUCAACGAUCCGUUGCCGUCUUCGUUCGACGAUUACCCUAACGACAGUCUCACCUUCCCGGUCGAGUUCCGCAGGGUGAACGAGGCGCCCAGGAUAUUUUCGGACAUUGUCUAUUUCUCAGCUUCGCAGCUCAACCCGUCUGUCGGCUUACCUGGACUGUUCGUUCUCGACGCAGACGCGCAUGAUGACGAUUUGGUGGAGAUCACUUUCGAGGUGGAUCCAACCAGUGCGGGCGGAGCGGUGUCUUUCGCUGGCUGGCAGGACGUGUCGAUCACUAGGCGGAUGAACUUAUCAGAUCUCAACCAGGAGUUGCACGACCUAAGCUUUACCUUCCAGGAUGAUUCCUGGUUCGGUGUCACUGCUUUGACGGUCAGCGUUACCGAUCUGGGACACCGCGGUUGGAAUGUCAAGGGAUACAAAAGCACACGCCAUCAAGAAACGAAGCCUCAGGUGUUGUCCUUGCGUGGAGGCUCAGUCAGCCUUUUACCAGACGACACAUAUCAGUACUUCUCCCUUUUCUCCGGGGACUUCACAUGGGAGGUAUUCUGCAAGCGCCUUUUGCCCAGCCUUACAGACACGACCCUAGGCACGACAGCAUCUCUGUUCACGCAGCCUAGCUCGGCUACGCCGGCAUCCGACAUCCUCUUCAGGAAUCUGCCGCUGGGUGUGGACAUCAACAGCACGGACUUCAGCAGCAAGUUCGUGGAGGGUGCGGGCAGGAACGACAGCAACGUCUCUGGACCACCCGUCGUCUCCAUUGAGAUUGAUGUCGACGGCUACCCCACCGUCCUCCUCAGAUCGGACGCCGGGCUCGAGGUGUUCGAACGUGGCGGCACGAGGCUCGCAGUCGGCACCUGGCACCACCUGGCGCUGGUGGUCCGGCGCUCGGGGCACGCAGAGGCUCCGGGCAAGCCCAGCGACACCACGCUCGGCGAGGUGGUCCUCUACGUGGACGGGGCGGUGGCCGCCUCCCGGACCGUGGCCGCGGGCCGCGCGGCGUUCAUGGGGCCCGCGUCGGGGGCCGUGCUCGCGCUCGCGGGCGCGGCCGCGGCGCCGGGCGCCGCGCCGGGCGCCUCGGGCGGCGUGGCGCUGUCGCGGGCGCGCCUGUGGGGCCGGGCGCUGGCGCCCGCGGAGCUGGCGGCGUGCGCCGAGUCGCCGCGGCGGGCCUGCGAGGACGACGACGCCGGGGCCAUCGCAAUGGCACACCUGCUGGGCGAGACCGUCCGCGGGUGCGCGGACAUUGGCGACAUGUGCAGCAACCCCGCGCACGGGCAUGCCGUCAGGUCCACGUGCUGCCACACGUGCAGCAUGUUCGAGGCCGAUGCGGGCGUGGGGCACGAGCAUGCCGCGCUUGCCUUCCUCUUCGAAGGUUCGCUCGGGGAGGAGAGCGGGCGCACGGCCGCAAGACCAGUCGGCAGCUGGUCAUUCGACUUGGACGCCCCACCGCCCUGCCUGGGUCUGAACCAGCGGCCCUUCGACAGCCUUUUCGAGCACUGUGUCUGCUACGACCGCUCUCUGGACGAGGAUGGUGCUGGCUACGUAUGGCAUUCUCCGCAGGCGUACGCCGCCAUGACUUCGGGCAUGAGGCCGUACGCAAACAACACGGUGCACAGCUCACGCGAUGAGGGUCACACGGUCUCCGUCCUGUUGAGCGUCUACCGCUAUUUCGUCAACAGGCCGCCGUCCAUCGCCCUCCUGGAGCCCGCCUCUGGCGUGCUCAUCACGUUGGAGGGUUCGCGUGUGGCCCCCUACCAUCCCUCCUUCGUUGUCCUGGAGGUGUCGCACCGGGCCGCCGAGCAGAUGGUGCCGCGCCCCCUCGCGGUGGCGCUGAGCACCGAGCACGGCCGCGUGCGCUCGCUGUCGACGGCAGCCGCCACCCGCCUGGCCUUCGACCGCCGACGCGUGGAGUACCGCGCCCCGCUGCACGAGCUCAACGAGUUCCUCUCGCAGCUGGAGUACACGCCCGACCCGAACUACGCCGGCGACGACGUGCUCUUCGUCACCGUCACGGACCUGGAGUUCACCAUCAACGCCAGCGUGCCCAUCGUCGUGUCUCCGCUGAGCGACCCGCUGAGCCUCGUCUGCCCGCCCGGCAUCGACGUGCUCGAGGGCAGCCAGGUCAACCCGAUCGGCGCCAACUUCUCGGUGCACGACGGCGACCAGCUGCCUGGCCACAGCGACGAGGAGACGCUGGUGGAAGUCCGGCUGACUGUCGGAGGCGGGAGCCUCCGCCUGCUGCCGGGCGCGCUGGCCGGCUCGGCCAGCCUGCAGCAGCUGCUCCUCUCCGCUGGCAACGGCGUGGAUCUGGAGAGCCUCAUGAAUGACACCUUUGCGCCGGUGCCGGCGAUUGUCUUCGAGACUACCAUCGGUGGCCUCCGGGACGUCCUCGCCGCGGUGGCGUUCACGCCGUACCCAGUGCUCUUCCACGGUGUCAUUCACCUCGGCCUCGAGGUGACCGUCAUCGCCCGCGGGGAGAGCGCCCGCUGCGACGUCGGCAUCGUCGUGCACCCCGUCAACUCGCCGCCGGCCAUCCGCGUAGACCACGCGCAGCUUGAGCGCGCGCUCGGCGGGCCCACCAUGAGCCCACAGCGGAACGUGUCCCUGGCGGGGGUCUUCCUCCUCAGCGACCCAGACGAGGAGGACUUCUUCGGAUGGUUUGCAGACCGCACUCACUCUGGCCGCAUGGGCCUGAACGUGACCUGCGGGUCGUUGUCCUUUGGCGAGUACGGCGACCGGGAUUACGUGAACGGUGCGCAGCACGGGUCGAUCGCCGGCAGGGAGGGCAUGACCUUCUGGGCCGGGGAUGGCAGCAGGGAUCCACACGUUGAAGCUCUGUCCACCCUGAAGAACUUGAACCACCAGCUGCAGAGGCUCCGCUACUACUCCGAGGCCUGUCGCUCCGUCGGCGUGGCGCUGACGGUGGAGUUCAGCGACCUGGGCAACUUUGGGGAGGGCGGACCGCUGGUCGCCCACGCCGAACUCAUCAUCGAUGUGGCCGACUCGUGAGCUGCUCCAAGGCAUUGACGGUGGAGUCCAGCGGCCCAGGUGGUAGCUCUGGGGGAUGGCGAAUCGCUGAUCGCCCAUGCCGAUCUCACCGUCCCGCUGCCGCGUCCCGGCGAUGCCGGGGUGACGCCAUGGCUCUUAUCUCUCCCCGGUCCUUGUUUCCUGUUUUUUUCUCUAUGUCUGUAUAAUGUUGAAUGACACCUGAUACUAUAUAUAUAAUACCACAUACGUGUAUACAAGUAUGUAAACAUGUGCCCCGUCCCGCGAAAGGCCCUGACGCAGCCUCCUCACGAGGACCCCGGGUCCCAGGCGCUCUGCCCCACCGCCUCUGCUGCGAGCGGCCGGGAGCAUGCCACACUCAACGAGCCCGGCAGCGCCUUUGGAGGCCCCACCAGCAGGCCCCGCUCAGCGCUCCACCCACGGCGCGUCGGAGACGGCUCAGCCUCCUCCGGACUGCAGCGCCCUGCCGAGGAGCCCCGGCCUCGCAGCAGUCGACAACGCGGCAGCGCGGGGCCGCCCCCGGCCGGCCCGCGCAGGGGGGAAGGCCCGCCUCGGGCAGCGCCCUUCCCCCACAGGCCCAGCCUGCUGACACCAUCGAAGUCACGCAGCUCGCACGAGCACUCGACCGCGUCCAGUCCACCUCGGACCACCUGUCCCUCGACAUGGGCGCCCUCAGCGAAGCUUCUCGUCGAGGCCCGUGCGCCGCCUGGCAAGCGUCCACUGGUGGCCUGCCGCCUCUGCGGGUCCUGAAGGGGUGCUGGCUGGAUGCCGCCACUGUCAGCGAGGCACCGUCAUGCCACAGACGGGUGCAGGCUUCGCCUUACCCUACAGGUGAGACUCGGACGGCUGCGAGGCAACGGUCACAGUACACCACUGCUCUGCUGGGUAGGGGUCCCUCUCGCCCCCUCACGCUCUCUCCUCCCAAGACGGUCGACCGCCCAAGAUGGCGUGAAUGGCCCAUUGUUGCCGAAGGGCUAUGGCCUGUGAGCGGCGGGCGCGCCGCGCUUGCCCGGCGGCCUGCGGACACGCGUGUCUCAGUGGUUCGAUCUCCCUCUCUCUCUGUAUC